AUGUGACGUCAUCAGCGGGAGUUAUGGCGGCUCGGCUCGUGCAGGUUUCUGUGUAACAGUGAAUUAAAGAUGAUUUUUCAGUGUUUACGAUGUUUUAUAGUUACCAAACUUGUUAGAAACCACAAGUGACAUAGCGAGAUACGGUGUGACCGUCAGACAAGAUGACGUCCAUCAUCAAACUGACGGCUCUGUCCGGUGUCCAGGAAGAAUCGGCUCUGUGUUACCUGUUACAGGUGGAUGAGUUUCGUUUCCUGCUGGACUGCGGCUGGGAUGAAAACUUCUCCAUGGACAUCAUUGAUUCCCUGAAGAGGUACGUACAUCAGGUGGAUGCAGUGUUGCUCUCUCAUCCUGAUCAACUUCACCUGGGAGCUUUGCCGUACGCUGUGGGCAAACUGGGGCUUAACUGCACCAUCUAUGCCACAAUCCCGGUCUACAAGAUGGGCCAGAUGUUCAUGUACGAUCUUUAUCAGUCUCGACACAACACAGAAGAUUUCGGUCUCUUCACCCUGGAUGAUGUGGAUUCAGCAUUUGACAAAAUCCAGCAGUUAAAAUACUCACAGAUCGUCAACUUGAAAGGAAAAGGUCACGGUCUGUCCAUCACCCCUCUGCCCGCCGGUCACAUGAUCGGUGGAACGAUCUGGAAAAUCGUUAAAGAUGGAGAGGAAGAGAUCGUGUAUGCCGUGGAUUUCAAUCACAAGAGGGAGAUUCAUCUGAACGGCUGUUCCCUGGAGACCAUCAGCAGACCGUCUCUCCUCAUCACCGACUCCUUCAAUGCUUCAUACGUGCAACCUCGCAGGAAACAGCGUGAUGAACAACUGCUCACCAAUGUCAUGGAGACCCUCCGCGGUGAUGGGAAUGUGUUGAUCGCUGUGGACACUGCGGGAAGAGUACUGGAGCUCGCACAACUUCUGGAUCAGAUCUGGAGGACCAAAGACGCAGGGCUGGGUGUCUACUCUCUCGCCCUGCUCAAUAACGUCAGCUACAAUGUGGUGGAGUUCUCAAAGUCCCAGGUGGAGUGGAUGAGCGAUAAACUCAUGCGAUGUUUCGAGGACAAACGCAACAACCCCUUCCAGUUUCGGCACCUGUCCCUCUGUCACGGUCUGUCAGAUCUGUCCCGUGUGCCGAGUCCCAAAGUGGUUCUGUGCAGCCAGCCCGACCUGGAGUCCGGUUUCUCACGAGAGCUCUUUAUUCAGUGGUGCCAGGACCCUAAAAACUCUGUGAUCCUUACGUAUCGGACCACACCGGGAACGCUGGCCCGCUACCUCAUUGAUAACCCAGGGGAGAAGAGGAUCGACCUGGAGAUAAGAAAACGCUGCAGACUGGAAGGCAGAGAACUGGAGGAAUACUUGGAGAAAGAAAAGAUGAAAAAAGAAGCUGCUAAGAAAUUGGAGCAGGCGAAAGAGGUGGAGUUGGACUCGAGUGAUGAGAGCGAUAUGGAAGAUGAUCUGGAGCAGCCAGCCGUGGUGAAGACCAAACAUCAUGAUCUGAUGAUGAAGGGCGAGGGAGGAAGGAAGGGCAGCUUCUUCAAACAGGCCAAGAAAUCUUACCCUAUGUUUCCCACACAUGAGGAGAGGAUUAAAUGGGACGAGUAUGGAGAAAUCAUCAGGCCGGAGGAGUUUCUGGUUCCUGAACUUCAAGCCACUGAAGAGGAGAAAAGUAAACUGGAGUCUGGAAUGACUAAUGGAGAUGAGCCGAUGGAGCAGGACCUGUCUGAUGUUCCCACUAAAUGUACCAGUAUCACACAAACAUUCGAUAUCAGAGCUCGAGUUACAUACAUCGAUUAUGAGGGUCGUUCUGAUGGUGACUCCAUUAAGAAGAUUAUAAACCAGAUGAAGCCCAGACAGCUGAUCAUUGUUCAUGGUCCACCUGAAGCCAGUCAAGAUCUGGCCGACUCCUGUAAGGCGUUCAGUGGAAAAGACAUCAAAGUUUAUACUCCUAAACUUCACGAGACUGUGGACGGCACCAGUGAAACACACAUUUAUCAGGUGAGACUGAAGGAUUCAUUGGUCAGCUCUCUUCAGUUCUGUAAAGCCAAAGACACGGAGCUGGCCUGGAUCGAUGGCGUCCUGGACAUGCGUGUGGAGAAAGUGGAUACAGGAGUCAUCGCAGAGGUUGGAGAUGUGAAGGAUGAAGGGGAGGAUGGAGAUCAGGCCAUGGAUGUCUCAGCGGACCUGAUGACUGAACCCAGCAGCGCAGCUAACCAGCGGGCCAUGAAGACUUUGUUUGGAGAGGAUGAGCGAGAGAUCUCGGAGGAGAGUGAUGUCAUACCAACUCUCGAACCCCUGCCUGCUCAUGAAGUACCAGGUCAUCAGUCUGUGUUCAUCAAUGAACCGAGACUAUCGGACUUUAAACAGGUUCUUCUGCGUGAAGGGAUCCAGGCGGAGUUUGUCGGUGGAGUGUUGGUGUGUAAUAAUCUAGUGGCUGUGAGGAGAACGGAGGCUGGUCGUAUCUGUCUGGAGGGUUGUCACUGUGAUGAUUACUAUAGGAUUCGUCAGCUGUUGUAUCAGCAGUAUGCUGUCAUUUAGCUCUUUAAUCCAGAGCUCACAUCACUCUUUUUGGGACUACAGCUCCGAUUUUUCAUUUUGUAGGUUUUGAGUUGUGUAUAUUUCAUUGUUUUUCCCCAUGAGCUUCCGUCUGGACUAAAGAUGAUGUUUUGUUCAGAACUGCUCAAUGCAAUGUUUUUUUACAUUUGUUUUGUUUGCUGAUAAAUUUCAGUUUUGGUAAUGAAA